CACUGUGUCCACUUGAUGUCGCAACGAGCACACCCGAAGCUAAAAUCUGAGCUUCCUUGUGUCAUUUACUGAGCCGCCAAAAACUCUGCUAUUCACUUUUUAAGCUUCACUUAAACAGCAAAGAUAAAGUGCGUUUUAGUCAUGAGUAAUCAAAGCGGCCGUACAUAGAGGGGGAGUGACCGGCAAGUAAGAAACGUUCGUAUAUUAGUUAGUUAGUUUGAAUCAGCAUGUACGAGCCGGACACGACCUCUAUCCUUCCCGACAACGAGGAACCAAAAGACGACGACGACUCGAAAUUAUCGCUCGGCCAGGAAAAUGACACCUUAGAGCCUUCGCCGACCUCCCGGGGCGUGGGGCCGCCAUUUGCGUGCCCGCUGCCGGUGUCUGUGGAGCCCGUCAUGUUCCUAUCCGUGUUUGCUGUAGUACUGCAGGCUCCGCUGACCACUCAGUAUCUGUGGGACCGAAUUAGCGAGGACCUCGAGUACAAUGCUUCCAAGAGGUCGGUGUGUGGUAACAGCUCCGCGGAGCCAGACGCUCUUCAAAAGGAGGUGGAAACCCUGACGGCACAUUGGAACCUGUACAUCAACCUUGCAGGAUUUUCCGUCGGCUUGUUAGUUGUACCUCUUCUGGGCUCAUGGAGCGACUCUGCAGGUCGCAGGCCAGUCCUCAUCAUCCCCAACCUGGGCCUGUUCUUACAAGUUGCAGUCUACCUGGUGGUGAUGUACCUCAAACUACCUGUGGUCUACUUCCUUGUGGGUAGACUGAUCAGCGGCCUUACAGGCGAUUUCAACGCAAUCCUUGCCGCCUGCUUUGCGUACGUAGCCGAUACAAGCGACAGAAGCUCCCGCACUUUCAGGGUGGCCGUCCUGGAGUCGUGUAUUGGUCUAUCUGGGAUGUUUGCCAGCAUCAUUGGAGGACAUUGGAAGCGAAUGCAAGGUUACAUCUACCCCUUCUGGUUGGUCCUGGCUACCAGCUUGGCAUCGGCUCUGUACGCUUUCUUGUUUGUCCCCGAAUCGGUCAAAAAAGACCCCAGCGCCAAGCUUCUCACAGUUCGCCACCACAAAGCCCUGUGGCAUAUUUUCUCCAGUGGAGGUAGUGAGGACAAAGGAAAAUUCUCGAGAUGCAAGCUGUGGCUCUAUAUGCUCUGCUUCUUCCUGGUGGUGACCGUUCACAUCGGCAGCCGCGAGCUGUACGUUUUGUACGAACUGAGCCCACCGCUGUGCUGGGACCCGACAUUCAUUGGCUACGGCUCGGCUGUUCUGCACUUGUGCUACCUGAGCAGCUUGCUGGGCUUAAAGAUCUUGCUCCUGUGGUUGGAAGACUCAUGGGUGGCAGUCAUUAGUCUGGCCUCCAACAUCACUGGGCUGUUGGUUUUCUCUUUUGCGGACAGCACGCUGCUUAUGUUCACAGGUUAUGGCUUUUUAUUCUUCUUUGUGGCUAUGACACCUGUGCUGAGGUCCAAGUUGUCCAAGCUGGUGAGCCAGUCCGAACAAGGUGCCCUCUUUUCCGCAGUGGCCUGUGUGGAGAGUUUGUGUUUCCUGGUAGGUAGUGGCCUCUUCAACUCCCUGUAUCCAGCCACACUGUACUUUAUGAAGGGCUUCACCUUCCUGUUUGCCGCCAUCAUCCUCCUCAUCCCAGCUGGAAUCAUUGGUGGCCUGCAGUGUCUAGAGAAGAAAGAACUCAGGGACACCACAGAAUCCUGACCUGCGCAGUCGGACGAUGCAUACCAAAGAUGUGAGGUUGAAAAUCCCAUGGAUGUUUGUGGGGUGACUGUAACAAAUACAGACAUGAGAUCGCAGUGUAGCAAAGGGAAGUAGAAUGGCAUUCCACCUAUUUUACUUGAAAAAAUAGCAACUCUUAAUAGAUGAAUUGCCUUAAAACUAUCCUGCCAAUCCAAAAAGAUAAUGUAAGGAAAACCUGCUUGUAUUUCUGCUUUUAUGUCUUAGCUGUUCGAUGUACUGUCUAUCAACAGCUAUAAAAGUGCCUAUUCAUAAUUUUCAGGGAUUAUUUUUAAAGAGUUGUCUAAAGCAAAUAAUUGUAAUACUCAAGAAAUGUUGAUUUUUAAUCCUUCCAUUUUUUAAUUGUCCAGAACAAGCAAAUGUAAUGUAAUUUGAAUCCAUCCAUUUUUUAAAGUUGUCCAAUGUGAGCAAGUGCAAUAUCUAAUUUUGUUCUUGUGCAGUAUAUAAUGUUAUUUUAAUCCGUCCAACAAGCUGCUACGACUCUGUUGACGAUCACAAAAACAUGAGAAAAUAUUUAAUUGUUGAUCAGCUUCUCUCAAAUGCCUGAAAAGGUUUGUUUUUGUGUUUUAAUCACCAUUGGUGGUCAGUUCAACACAUCUAAUCAGAAAAUCAUGACAUGAUGACAUUCAGAUGUAAAAACCUAUAUCUAAUGACAUUUAAUAAUGAAUGAAUGUGUAAUAAUCUUUUUCUAAUGUAUUUCACUAUUGCUUUAUUCUACUUCUGUGCCGUGUCACGAAACAUACAUAAAUAAUCGAAAUUGUGUGUACCCUUCUCUUUAAGAAAGAUUUAUUGUCAAUGAAAUGAUGAAAACAAUAAUAAAUUUUGCAGAAAGUUAAAAAUAAUAAUAAAACUAAAAAACAGGCAUCACUUAAGAAUUGUGUGGUUAAGCAGAAUUCUUGAGAAAAGUAAAUAAAGGGAUCACGGAUAGAAAGACCUAUAGCUCUUAAAAGAUCAACUUUGUUAAGAGUUAAAAUAAUUUGAUAUUGAAACCCCUCUUGAUGUUUUCGUUUUUAUACAAUUUGUAAAAUUAGUUGAACUAGUAGGUCGCCAUUGUUGUUGGCGUCGCAGGGUGUUGACGACACAUGAUUACGCUACCGGGCUUCCAGAGUAUGAUUCUUGUGACAUACUGUAAACAUGUCAUCUGAUCAACCCUUUCAAUUUGAACCUGAGAGGAACAUUAAUGAGCAUGACACCGCUGUCGAUAUUUCACAAAAUGAACAGGAAAGACGGGAUGAGACAAGACAAAAUGUGCUACAAAGGCAAAACGUCUACAAGAGGUGAAUUUGACACCCAAAGUAAUACCGUGGGCUUUCAGCUUGUUUUGUUUAGAUGCAUAGAGACAGAACAUACUAAAUAUGCCUUAACAAAAUACUUAAACGUCGUAAUAUCAAAUAAGUGUGGUUUAAAUAUGCUACGUGACUAAUGUGGUCAACAGAUGAACAAUCUGCUUCAAAGCUACCACAAGAAAACAUAAUUCUUAAAAGUAUGAGAGGGAAACACAUGCAAAAAGUAUUUUGAGGCAAUAAAAAGGUAAUAAAAGACUAAAUAAAAACACAAAUAGUAAGUACUCGCAGCUUUUAACCGAUGAGGGCAUGUGUUGGACGUCUCGCUGCGUAGAAGGAAUUCCAGUAACCCGGUAGUAUUCGUCGAGUGACAGUGACAAUCUACUAGUAUGUCAUCAUCCCGAGCAUCCAUUGCGUGCUUAAAACAUGGCACAUUUAGUAGGUCAAAACAUGUACUAAAUAUUAUCGAUUUUUAAAUCAAUGGCAAUAUUUUAUGUGUUUCUAACAACAUUUUUUAGUAAAAGAGAACAAUUGAGACUUAUUAGAGCCCACAAGUCUUAAAGUUCCCUUUAAAAAAUUUGCUUACAAAAUACUAAGGGUGUAACGGUACAUGUAUUUGUAUUGAACCGUUUCGGUACAUGGUCCUCGAUUCGGAACGGAGGCAUACUGAACGAGUUUCUGACGUAAUGUAACUCUUACUUUUCGAGGCUGUGAGUCGAUCGGGUUACAGUUUCUUUGUGUAGAUUACAUUUACUCCGUCUUCUCUACUAUAAUGAGGACCAACACGGUACGACAGUAUAACCCAGAAACGUCAAUGGCGCGACAACGUGGCCGCCGCGAGAACGCAGUGAAACGCGGCCGUUAAAGUCAAAUCAGACAAUGCACACCAGUCACAGUGUGGCCGCGUGUUAGACACGUCCCAGAAGCGGCUCAAUAUGACGCACGCAAAAAGAACAGCAUAGUUUAUUAUUUGACGCGAGACGCGACCCUCCUGCGUCAAUUCUACUACCGGUAGCUAGAAUCUGGCAGACCGGAAGUCACUCGUGUAGAAAUAGGGUGGAUCUGGUCGAUUUUCAAACUAAUAUGCAAUCGUAACCCACUUUUUGAGUCCAUCAGAUCUCUUGAGUGGUAGAUCGGGGCACAGUUGACUUGUCUUUGUUGAUUUACUGCUGUCUUCUCUGCUAUAAUAAUAACCAACAUGGCCCCGUGUUCAAUACAAAACCCUCCUACCACAACGAAACAAGUAGGAACUAAUAUUCACAUAGGAACUAUAGUUAUACAACAUAAAAUAUACAAUAUAAAAGAAUACUACGUCACAUUUGUAAAAUAUAAACUCAUAAUAAAAUAAAUAAUAGCCCGUUUAAAUAAAAUAAAUUGAAAUGAGCUAAAACACCUGUAAUUAAAUAAUAAGAAUAAUACACACAUCCUGCUUACACAAUUAAAUUUAUUAAUUUCUGUGUGGCGCUUUACCUUGAGAAAAUCCACCAAUAAAGCUUUUGAAAACCGUUCAUCAGGGAAAAAAAUGAUUCAUUGAGGCAUUUCAUUUGUAAAAUAAAUGUUAAAAUCUUUGUCAUUGGGAUUGCUUUUCUCUUUAGCGAUGGACUUUUUUCAUCUUUCUUUCAGAAGGAAAGCUGACCAAUACGCGGGGGCUGAAAGGCAAAUUUUUGUUGGAUUAUCUUUAAAUGCCCGCUACUUUUUGAGCAGAAUUCUAGCUUUGUAUAGGCUAAUGUUCCUAUUGUUGAAAGCACAAAUGUGUGUAAUAAACAGCUAGCACAUUUAUAUUGUGCAUUUUGUUUUCUUACUGUACCGAAAAUGUGAACCGAACCGUGACCUCAAAACCGAGGUACGUACCGAGCCGAGAUUUUUGUGUACCGUUACACCCCUACAAAACACCCGAAAUUGUUGGACCAUAAACAAAUCAAUGAUUGAGUUUUAAUACAUUUUAAACCAUUUUUAAUUUAUGAUUUUUUUUUCAUACUCAAUGUACUGUAUUUCUGUAAUCAUCGCAUUUUUUUUUUUUUGUUUUUGUUUUUUUGUUUCUUCCAAAACGUUUACCCCGCCACCUCUCAGUGUGUAUGACAUGAAUAAUUGACAGCUAUAAAAGGGGAAGUGUGUAAGGCAGUUAGGGAUUACCGAGUUUCAAAUAAAGGCAAAGCAGACGCUCCAACACUGGAUAGUCCCCGAGCACACAGCUACACACAACAGAGCCGGGGGUCACAUCCUAGUUGCUCUGUGAUCCAACAAAUCAGCUUUAAAAUACACCAAGGGAAGAGUAGAGGUUAAGCGGCAUAUUGGUUUGUUUGGAUUGGCCAUUUUGUUUUCUACUGCAAAUGUCAAGACACAAUAUUUGAAAUAGAAAUAAAAGUAUUUAUAAAAUGCAUUUUAUUUGUUGUAUGAUUUGAAUGCAAAAUAAACGUUUAACACAACAUAUCAGGUUUAUAGUUGGAAUUUUUUG